AUCUUGAGAGGAGGAGACCGCAACUCGUCCCCCAAAAAACAGCUUUAGGGACGGUUCAUGCAGAGAAAUGGUAGCUAGAUCCUAAGUAGUCAAAAGAUGUUCAUAGGGGGCCACGUCGCUCAAUGCUACAUUUUCCGACAUGCAUAUCUGUACAUGGGAGGGGCGAUUUUGUUUGUGCGCGGGCAGAUUUUUCAAAACAAAAUGGCGGAUAUUCAUUCUGGAGAGCAAUCGGAAAGCUGCGACAGCUCUGCAGAACACCAGAAGAUGGUCCACCAAGAAGAAAUCCCUCAGCAGGGACUUAAAAGAGUUUGCCCUGGGAGUCCAAGCCCAGCAGCUCCUCACCCCAAAUCUCCCCGCAGACACACUCCUUCCUCCACCACCACACAUAUGUCAGAAACAACGGAGGUACAGAUGGAGCCGUGUUCUGGAGGAGAGGGGCAGCAAAGGGACUCUGAGGGGGGUGUUCUAACAGAGGGUCGGUCGUUGAGCCCCAGCAGCACGCAAAGGAAAUCCUGGAGGAGGUCGACCAGGGGCCGACGCUCUCUCCCUGCCCUCUCCAACACCUCCCAGACUCUAUGCAGGUCAAUCAGCCAAUCCCUACCCGAGGAAGAGAGGCUGGAGAAACUGAUGGAGGCUUCUAUGAGGCUGGCAGUUGAGAAGUUACAAGACUCACUGAGCACGACACCCAACGGCAGUUUAGAGUCACUUCAGACACAAGUGGAGGAUGUACAGAAGGGGUGGUGUUGCCUGGCCAAAGACCUACGCAGUGUGCCACAGUGUCAACAACCUCCCACAAGCACAGCCAAUGACACUGCAAUGCAGAACACCUUGGAGCAGACCAGGAAGGCUAUACACAGGCUGCAGGCUGAGAGUGCAUCUUGGGACUCCCUGUUAGACAAGCAUCGGAGUAAAGCUGAAGAAUUGGCCAGGCGAGUGGAGCAGUGCCAGGAGACGGGGGUGACAUUAGACCCUAGCUGCCUGGCCCAGUCCUCACAGAGCCAGCUCAUCCUGAACAAACCUGAUUACCACAGCCUGCUCGGCAGACAGCAGCCCGUACUGUCCACUAUGGACAUGGUGAUGGACACCCAGUGUAAGAUGGUCAGGGAGCUGCUGUCCAUUCUCGAACAGUCUCAGCUACUGGUGAAGGAGACAAGCUGCAGAUUGGCGACUGAUGUGGGAUUCCAGGAACUCUCCUCUGACCCAGUCAGGGAUCUACUGGCAGGACCCCCACCCUCUGUAUCAACCAAUGCAUCAUCCUAGUACCUCUGUCUUAGGGUUGUCACAAUACAGAAUCACGGUACAACCAUACUAGAUUUUUCAUGGCAAGAAAAAGAACUAAGCAGACUGAAUUUCUGGCUUUGUACAAGCAAGACAAAGCACACCUUGAAUAGAAAUGACUGUAUUGUGACCUUUCAUCUCGUCCAGGUUCACUCAAUGAAUGACCAAUAGAAAGAUCAGUCUGGCUUUUUCUGUGUUUUCUGUAUUUAUGGGUCUUCACUCUGUACCCAUGGCUCUCUAAGUUAGCUGUUCUCUUUGGUGCCUUGUGGUUGUUUGUAAAUAAUAGUCUCUGGUAUCUUUCUUCAUGGGAUGAAUGUUGAUUAUUUCUGCUAUAACCUAUCUAUUGUAAUCCUAUUCCACCACUAUACUAUGGCACCUUAUUCCUUAUAUAGUGCACUAAUUUGUACCAGAGUGCUAUGGGCCCUUGGUCAAAAUUAUUACUUUUAUAUAGGUUACAGGGUGCCAUUUGGGACAGACACCCCACUCUCCCUACAAAAUGUAUGCUGUUGGCCACCAGAGGGCGAUCUCACCUUUUAUUUAGGCAGUUUCUGAAUAUUCACCUAUAGUAAAAGAUGUAGAAAAUAUUCACCUGCAGUGGAUGUCUUUUGGGGCUAAUUUGCACGAUACCAGCUUUCCUUUAUUUUCCUGUAUAUUCUUGUAAAAAAAAAAGUGAAUGAUUUUUACAUUAUUAACAGCAAUUAUCUGAAUUUGUCUUUUACUUUCUGACCAUUGAAUUGGUUGUUUUAAAACCAGGUCCCAAUCGUUUUUGUUUUUAACCCUUCAUAAACAAGAAAAUGAGAAAUGUUAUUCCAUCCCAACUCCUUUGAAACAUUAUUGGUUUCAGUGUGUAACAAGGGGACGAAUUCUCUUUACACACAACUUGUUAGUUCUCACAACACACCCUUGUAUCUUAUGUAUUAUAAUUUACUCCCUGUCCCUUUCUUAUCCUGUAAUCUUUUCUGUUUUGGCCAGAUUCGGUCCUCUUUUCUCUCCUCUGGCACUGCUGUCUUCCUCUGUCCCUUCUUCUGUCCAUCAGGGAGGAAGCCCCUCCCCCACCUCACCGUGAUUCCCUCCCUCUCCUUUCACCAGGUUACUGAUGCAGAACGAAGGCCUGACAUUAUGCCAAGUAUUUCAUAACCCCCCCCCUUUUUUUUCCUUUUUCAAUAUCAUUCACUCACUAUCACCUCUUUAAAUCUUCUCACCGUAUUUCAUGCUAUAUGGUUGUGCCUCUUACCAGGAGAAACAUGAACAAUUGAAUGUGGCCCUGACGUCAAUGAGGAAUAAUUCCUCAUAACUGUAACAGUCAAUAGCUACAUUUGCAUGAACAGUGUGAUGUCUUUUUUUAAGAAACUGUGUGAAAGGAAUUAGACGGGCUCAAAUUCUGCCCAAAUAGGAAAGGUGUCCUGCACCUAAUGACUGAAAUCACCAUGAUAUUUGGUCUUAUUUAUUGCUGUAUUACAAACAUGUAUUUUCUGUGGGCUGUUCUUGCAUUGGGGGGUGGUGCAUGGUGAGAAUGAGAGAGAGGACAGAGGGAGAAAAGUGGGGUCGUGAGCGCGGGAGAGUCAUGGAGGGAGGGUGGUGCACGGCAAGGGAUCGAUUCUUAUUUGGAUGGAAAUAAGGCUGGGUGCUUGUGGAAUGAGAGAGAGGGCAUCUCCUGCUUACAAAUUGAAAGAAGUCAAGUCACGUAUUCAUAUACUGAAGAAACACAUUCACAGAACAAACAGGACCUAAAAAGAGAAAUAUAGUAGAGAACUAGAUACAAAAUAUGGAUUAGCACAUUAGGUAUGGAUCAUGUAUACAUUCUUUAGAUUUGACAUCACUGCUUUACAUUAGUCUUACAAUAUAGAGUUUGCAAAUGGACCAAAAAUGUUUUCAAAUAAACUGGGUUGAACAUGAA